GCCGUUCGAGUCAUUAUCGGUUAUGUCUCCUUCACUCUCGGCUUUCUGCGCAUCUCUCUGCGGAUCGGCAUCGUGUAUGCUACCGUCGCAAAUGUGCGUGACGAUGAAUGUCUCGACGCUCAUGCCGAGUUGAUUGGUGGCCGCGGAACCGCCGCAGCCGCUGUGUACGUAGUUGUCCUCGGUCACCGUAUAAGCUUUGCCGUCGUACAUAAACAUGUAGACGGAGGCGCGAUCGUUGCAUUUGGAGCCGUUGUCACAGAAGUAGUGGCAUCCUGUAAUUUAUUUUUAUUACGUUAUUUAAAUAUAACGCGUUUUCGUUUCCGUACACAUAUUUCUCCUUGUAGCCUGUAUGUUUCUCCGUCGCUGGUUCGGUUGCUGCAAAGGCACGUGUACGUGCGCGUUGUUUUCGUUCUGUUAGUUUCUUCCUAGUUAGCUCAACCUCUCGCGGUUCGCGAGCGGGGGUGUACGUGAUUCAUGUUUUGUGUCUUCCUUACUUUUUUCAACCUCAAAGUCACCCUCACUGCGCCCAAAGUCUUGAGCUCCAUUUGUGUAUUGGUAAACUUUUCUCGCCUGCAAGGUCACCCUUAGCAGGACAGAAGUUGUUGGCGUAGGGGCCUCCUGUUUUAGCUAUGUCUUACUUUUUCUAACUUCAACAUGGCGGCCAUGCAGCUUCCCUUUUUGUAUGAACUACUUUGUGUGCUGUUGGUGUUGUGCUGCUUGGACUCCGACCCCGUGCGUGAACAAGCGUCCGCGAGUGCCUCGGCCGUGAGCGCCCGACGCCGUUAAAAAGAGGGCGACUGGACCCCAGCAUCAGUUCGCUCUUCGGGGGGGAAAGCCGCCGCCGCGUACUCCCGGGAACCCGAGCCGCCGCACCGCAUCUCCGAGACCGACCACCCGCUGCCCCGGAAGGACCGCCGCUUCGAGGGCCGCUCUACGUGUGUCGUCUCUGUGGAUGGACUGCCGCCGUGCUCCCCGGUCAACUGUAUGUUGCUUCAAUUUUGAACUUUUCCUUUCGACCGUCGCUAAUUGGACUCUUACUUUCGUCUUGAUCUUUGUACACGCGUACUUAACUGGAUGUGUAACGUACUUCUCUGUGCUUAACUCGACACGUUUGUCGCUCGUAGCAUCACUGUCUUGUAAAAUGUACGUUCUGUUACUUUAAAUUCCCUUUAUAUGUUCGUUUCGAGCCUAUAAACACUGUUUUGUUGUUGUUAACUUAUAACACGCCUCCGUCUCAUUCUCUGCGUUUGCUUACCGGCUACGCCGGGCAUCGAACGACCACCCCCUUAUUGUCAGGUCUCGGUGAUGACCUUCCGUCGUCGCCGGACUCGUGACAAUUAACUGGCGUCCGCGACAGGACGUUCGAUGCGAAGGAAACGUGGUGACUGGAGAGGGAGACGAGUUCUGGAAAUGUGCCGCGUUAUUUGAGACGUACGAUGCAUGAACGGGAUUUCCUUUUGUGAGCGCCUGUUUGGGUUGUUGAAAGUGUUUCGGAGAUAGAAGCAUGGAAAUGGAGAAGUUGCUAGCGAUGGGUAGUCAGCUUGGCCUGGCGGGCGCUGAGCUCCGAAAAUGGGUAAAAGAUAAACAGCGAGAGGAUCGAGCGUUUGCACGGCAGACAGCGGAGGAUGAGCGCACAGCCGCGAAGGAGGCUGACGAGCGUCAGAUUCAGCUUAUGCGCCUGAAAAUAGAGUGUCAGCAGCUGGAGAAGGAGACCAGAGAAAAGGAAGGAAGCCGGGGAAAAGACGCGGAGCCAAGCUUGAAACUGAACACAAGCAAGCUUCUCAUCCCGUUCGAUGACCGGAAGGAUGACCUAGACGCGUAUAUUAGACGAUUUGAGAGCCUUGCGGAAAGCCAGAAGUGGCCAGAGAGCCAGUGGUCUACAGCUCUAGCAACAUGUCUGAGCGGGGAAGCACUCAGUGUUUACGGGCGGUUGCCGCCGGGUGAUGCAGCGGAUUACUCCAAGGUAAAGACAGCCCUUUUGAAGCGGUUUCGUUUCACGGCGGACGGCUUUCGGGACAAAUUCGAUUCAGGCAAACCGGCGGAUGGUGAGACCGCAGCUCAGUUCUCGGCGCGUCUCAGCCACUAUUUCGAUCGCUGGAUCGAGCUGUCCGAUACGAAACACGAGUUCAAAGACCUCCGAGAGCUCCUGAUUAAGGAAAGGUUCCUACAUGGGUGUCAUUCCAACAUGGCGCUCUAUCUGAAGGAAAGGAAGGCGAAAUCGUUGGGAGAGAUGCUGGAUCUAGCCGACCAGUUUUUAGAAGCGCAGGGAAGCCUUAACCUCGCCAAAGUAAAGAAGGAUAACCGAGAUGAUAUCGGGAGGCCCGAAACUGACGAGAAAAGAAGCAGUCAACGAACAGCGCCUCGUUGUUAUCUUUGCAACCGCGUUGGGCAUCAGGCUUCACACUGCCGGGCCCACACCACUAACAACCACGGCCUUACUUGCUUCAAGUGCGGGCGAAAGGGCCACAAGGCCGACGCGUGCCGGUCGGGAACAAACGAUAGGCCUCAGGCAUCGUGCGUUUACUCCCCCCUCGGGGUGACGAAUCGGGAGGGCAUUCGCGACGGCUACCUAGAGCUGAAGAAUGGGGAAAGAAUCCCCGUCGUGAAUGCAGUCAUGAUAACACAGCCGAAGUUUCUAGUCGACGGACUGCCGGUGGUCGCCGGAACGUAUGAGGGCAAAUCGAUUUCGGUAUUGCGAGACACCGGGUGCAAUACGGCGAUUAUAAGACGAGAGCUCAUCCGCGACGAUCAGCUCACAGGAGAGACCCGGCCCGUUUAUGUAGUCGACGGAACAGCCAGGAUGCUGCCCGAAGCGCGGGUGGAGAUCGACACCCCGUACUAUUCAGGGGUCAUCACGGCGCUCUGCAUGGCGGAGCCGCUCUAUGACCUAAUCCUUGGAAAUAUAGAAGGCGCGAGGGCACCCGACGACCCAAAGGCGGCAGUGGAAGAACCCAUCAGCAACGAGCCCGCUGAUGAGGAAGCUGUAGCAGCAGUGGUAACGCGCUCGCAGAUGAGGAACCAACCCCAAAGGUUCCAAACCCUCAAAGCCCCCGACGUCCCAGCACAGCCGCUAAACAGGGAUUACGCGGAUGAGCAGGAAGCGGACGAGUCGCUCAGGCCGUGCUUCUCUCAGAUUGGCCAGAUACUGACGUGCAGGGAUUCCGAAGGAAAUAUCGAAUUCCACCGGGAGGGUAGGCUACUGUACCGCAGCUACACUGAGAAAACCGGACACGUGGUGCGUCAGCUGGUCGUCCCUAGGUGCCAUCGAGAAGCGGUAUUGAAAACUGCACAUGACGGAAUAAUGGCUGGUCAUUUGGGCGUGCAAAAGACGAAGGACCGAAUUUUGGAGGAAUUUUUCUGGCCGGGCAUCACCGCAGACGUGAAGAGAUUUGUCGCAUCAUGUGACAUCUGCCAGAGAACGAUCCCAAAGGGCAGAGUAACCCGUGUGCCGCUGGGGAAGGCGCCGCUCAUUGAAACCCCAUUCAAAAGAGUGGCCAUAGACAUCGUGGGUCCAAUUCAGCCCCCUUCCAAGCAUGGAAAUCGGUAUAUCCUGACCCUAAUGGAUUACGCGACCCGAUACCCGGAGGCCGUGGCGCUGCCAAGUAUUGAGACGGAGAGGGUCGCUGAGGCGCUAGUAGGAAUGUUCUCUCGAUUUGGCGUCCCGAACGAAGUCCUAAGCGACCGGGGCACCAAUUUUACUUCCGAUUUGAUGAAGGAGGUUGCCCGACUUCUCUCCAUACGCCAGCUGCAUACAACGCCGUACCACCCUAUGGCAAAUGGGAUGGUCGAGAAAUUCAAUGGCACCCUGAAAUUGAUGUUAAAGAGAAUGUGCGCCGAAAAACCGAGAGACUGGGACCGCUACCUGGCGCCGUUGCUCUUCGCGUACAGGGAGGUCCCCCAGGCAAGUUUGGGCUUCUCGCCCUUUGAGCUGUUGUAUGGGCGACAUGUGAGGGGACCCCUGGCCAUUCUGAAGGAGCUGUGGACGAACCACCACCUCGACGAGGAGGAGAAGACAACCUAUCACCACGUUUUUGACCUCCGAAAUCGGCUGGAAGAGACAUGCAAGCUAGCGCACGAGGAGCUCGCGAAGGCCGGAGCACGCUACGCUAAGAUGUACAACCGGAAAACUAAAGAAAGGUUCUUCCAACCAGGAAACAAAGUGCUGAUUCUGCUGCCUACCGAUAAGAACAAGCUACUGCUUCAGUGGAAAGGGCCUUUCGAGGUCAAGGAGAAGAAGGGAGAGGCCGACUACAUCAUCGAGACAGCAGGGGGGAGAAAGAUUUUUCAUGCUAACAUGCUGAAAAAAUACGAAGAGCGGGGAAGCCAACCGGUGGAAAGGGUGUGCCAGGCGAUCUGCGGCGUCACAGACUCGGACAGCGAUGGAGGCAUUCCUGUUCCAGCGCUUCGGCAAUCCGAGGACGAGCGAGAUGUGAGGCUUUCUGAUUGUUUGGGGGUGGAUCAGCAGAAACAGCUCCGAGAUGUGAUUUCAGAAUACUCGUGCAUUUUCUCCGACGUCCCGGGCAAGACGGACUGGGCCGAGUGCCGGUUAGAGCUCACUACCGACACUCCGGUCCAUGUAAAGCAGUAUCCGCUUCCAUUUGCGACGAGAGAGGGCGUAGAAAGAGAGGUGCAGGAGAUGGAGCGACUCGGAAUAAUUGAGAAAUCUCAGUCGCCCUACAACGCUCCAGUCCUUUUGGUCAAGAAACCGGACGGCACGAACCGCCUGUGCAUUGAUUUCCGGCGCCUGAACGACGUGUUGGUUGCCGAUUCGGAGCCCAUGCCCCGAGCUGACGCGGUCUUCGCUGCGGCUGGAGAGAAGAAAUACUUCUCGAAAGUAGACUUCGUCAAAGGCUAUUGGCAAAUUCCAUUGAGCGAAGAGUCCAAGCCCAAAACCGCAUUUUCAACCACGUCGGGACUCUUCCAAUUCCGCUUCAUGCCAUUCGGCAUAAAGACAGCCCCCGCCGUAUUUUCGAAACUGAUGCACCGAGUUGUGGAGGGAAUUCCGGGAGUGCAGCACUACUACGAUGAUGUCCUAGUUGCCAAUGCUACGUGGGAGGAGCAUCUCACUUCUCUGAGCCAGCUGUUUGCAAGAAUCGAGACAGCCGGACUAACAGUGCGACCAGGCAAAUGUGAAUUUGGAAGGGAAAACAUCGAGUUCUUGGGGCAUCGCAUUGGCGGCGGUGAACUGGCACCACUCGGGAAAACGCUCGACAGGAUCCAAGCGGCGCCAGCCCCGCGAACAAAGCGACAGGUACGAGCAUUUCUCGGCUUGACAGGGUAUUACCGCGCCUUCAUUCCCGACUACGCCAAAAUCAGCGAGCCGCUCACCCAGCUCACGAAAAAGGGCGGCAACAACGUCGUUAGGUGGACGUCGGCCCAUCAAGAAGCCUUCGAGGAGCUCAAACGCCGCGUCUCAAGCCCUCCAAUACUGCGACUCCCAGACUUCUCCAAUCAGUUUGUGCUGCGCACGGAUGCCUCAGAUACCAGCCUUGGAGCGGUACUAAUGCAGCGGCAUGACGGCACGCUCCACCCCGUCGCAUAUGCUAGCAGAAAGCUGCUCCCCAGGGAAGCAGCAUACAGCACCAUCGAGAGAGAGUCCUUAGCACUAGUUUGGGGGGUGCAAAAGUUCGCCACCUACCUAUACGGCGUGCAUUUCUUAGUGCAGACGGACCACCAACCGCUGAGCUACAUCCAAAAAGCGAGGCAGCUAAACAGCCGAGUCCUCCGUUGGAGCUUGCUGCUCCAAGAGUAUCAGUUUAGCGUCGAGCAUAUUAAGGGCAAGGAAAACAUGGGAGCUGAUUAUCUCAGCAGGUUGUAGACUGGUCGCGUUUUAUUUGCCUGCACUGUUUUGACAUCUAAAUAUGUUACUACAUCUGUACUUUGAUUUGACUUGUGUGCUCGUCUGGGCAAGGGUUAUGUGGUGCAUUCUUAUUAGUACACAGGCCUGCGCGCCGACUUCUGUGGGUCUAGAAUAUUAUGUGAUAAUAUUCCGAAAGUGGGGGGCCGUGUCACAGAAGUAGUGGCAUCCUGUAAUUUAUUUUUAUUACGUUAUUUAAAUAUAACGCGUUUUCGUUUCCGUACACAUAUUUCUCCUUGUAGCCUGUAUGUUUCUCCGUCGCUGGUUCGGUUGCUGCAAAGGCACGUGUACGUGCGCGUUGUUUUCGUUCUGUUAGUUUCUUCCUAGUUAGCUCAACCUCUCGCGGUUCGCGAGCGGGGGUGUACGUGAUUCAUGUUUUGUGUCUUCCUUACUUUUUUCAACCUCAAAGUCACCCUCACUGCGCCCAAAGUCUUGAGCUCCAUUUGUGUAUUGGUAAACUUUUCUCGCCUGCAAGGUCACCCUUAGCAGGACAGAAGUUGUUGGCGUAGGGGCCUCCUGUUUUAGCUAUGUCUUACUUUUUCUAACUUCAACAUGGCGGCCAUGCAGCUUCCCUUUUUGUAUGAACUACUUUGUGUGCUGUUGGUGUUGUGCUGCUUGGACUCCGACCCCGUGCGUGAACAAGCGUCCGCGAGUGCCUCGGCCGUGAGCGCCCGACGCCGUUAAAAAGAGGGCGACUGGACCCCAGCAUCAGUUCGCUCUUCGGGGGGGAAAGCCGCCGCCGCGUACUCCCGGGAACCCGAGCCGCCGCACCGCAUCUCCGAGACCGACCACCCGCUGCCCCGGAAGGACCGCCGCUUCGAGGGCCGCUCUACGUGUGUCGUCUCUGUGGAUGGACUGCCGCCGUGCUCCCCGGUCAACUGUAUGUUGCUUCAAUUUUGAACUUUUCCUUUCGACCGUCGCUAAUUGGACUCUUACUUUCGUCUUGAUCUUUGUACACGCGUACUUAACUGGAUGUGUAACGUACUUCUCUGUGCUUAACUCGACACGUUUGUCGCUCGUAGCAUCACUGUCUUGUAAAAUGUACGUUCUGUUACUUUAAAUUCCCUUUAUAUGUUCGUUUCGAGCCUAUAAACACUGUUUUGUUGUUGUUAACUUA